AUUGGCAUAUGGCUGCAUGGUCGCCUGCGUUGACGCGAAUAGGGGCGAAUGAAACACAGCAUUGCGUCUUUCGUAUGCGUAUCAAUCAUUCAAUGUACCCUGCUUUGGAGUAGGUAGAAGGGCGUUUGGAACCGGUCUUUGAUCUGGGCGAAUGUCAUUAAUUGUCAGGUCGGGUGUUGGCAGCUUGCCUUUGUUUGGCGUUGGAAUCAGAAUCUUGCGCACACGUCCCGCUUCUGCCAGUAUUUGCCACGUUUGGACCCGAUUGGGCAGCUCAAAAACCUCUCACCGCAUAUCCUUUCAGCGAGCAUACUUUACAAGCAAGGCUGUACAAGCAUUGCUCGGCUCGUCUUUUCACACCACCACCAUUUUGUCGCGACUUAACUCUGCGCAACAGCCCCCAUCCAGAAUGGUGUACAUUGAGAGAGGCCAGGUGUUCCCGGAGAAGCCCAAAGUGCCAGCUGGCGAUGGGGGCUCUGACAGCUCUGAAAUCAAGCCCACUGUGUUCAAGUCCUGGGUAAGGCGGAAUCCGAGUGGCCCCUCCGAUCUGCCGGCAGAGGCUGGACGAUACCACCUUUUGGUUUCCCUGGCGUGUCCCUUUUCUCAUAGGGCAAUCAUCAUGCGCUCUCUCAAAGGUCUGCAGGCCGCUGUCCCAAUGACUGUUCUGCACCCUUUGAAGGACAACCCCAAGGGGUGGCACUUUGUCGGGCCAGAAGGCGACGAGCGCUACCCCGAGUGUCGUCCGGACACAAUCGGACUGGACGCCCGUUUCCUUACGGACGUCUACCUGGCUUCGGACAAGGACUACACGGGGAGAGUGUCCGUACCAGUGCUCUGGGAUACUAAAACUGGUAGGGUCGUCAGCAACGAGAGCGGCGACAUUUCCGAGAUGCUCAACAGCGAGUUCGAGGAGCACGCAAAGGGCGUCCCGGUUCCCGACUACUACCCGCCCCAUCUCCGAUCGGAGAUUGACGCCAUAAGCGACUGGCUCGGCCCGGAGCUGAACAUGGGCGUAUACCGGACGGGCUUUGCAACGACCCAGGAAGACUACGAGGCCGCGUGCCGCCGCGUGUUUGCUGCGCUUGACCGGUGCGAAUCAAUUUUGGCGAAGCAGCGUUACUUGGUCUCAUACUACCCCCCCGGCGCGAGCGUGCCUUCUCCGACGCUUGCGGACGUCCGUUUGUUCGCGACGCUCAUCCGGUUCGACAUCGUCUACUACGGACUGUUCAAGUGCAUGCUACGGCGGAUCGCGGACUACCCCAACCUGCAAACAUACAUGGAGGACCUCUACUCCAACCCCUCGGUGGCGACCACCGUCUCCUUCCCGCACAUCAAAGACUCGUACUACUUCACUUUUGUCGCCCAGAAUCCGGCCCAGCUCGUUCCCCGCGGGGGGGCGCCGUUCACCCCUGAGGUCAGCUUCUGCCGGCGCAAGCUAGGCGUCCGAGACUCCGCUCAGCCUCAAGAGUCCAACGGCUCGCCAGCGGCCGCCGAAGCGUCGGCGUCCGGAGGCGCCUACUCGCACGGCGCAUUUGUACGCCCGGAUAGCAAGCUCCGGAACUGGAUCACUGCGGACGGGUCGUCCGGUUUCAAGGCUGAGGCGGGGCGGUAUCACCUGUACAUUGCGAACAACUGCCCUUGGUGCCACAGGUGCGUGCUGACGCGCGCGCUGCUGGGCCUGCAUGACGUCAUCUCGAUGGACGUGCUGUUCUACCGGAGGGACCCCGACAAGGGCUGGGUCUUCAACCCAGGCGAACCGGGGUGCACCCCCGACACCGUCGCCGGCGGAAUCGGCGGAAUCCGGGAGCUGUACGCGCGCGCGGGAUCGGCGGAAAAGUCGGUUCCCGUGCUGUACGACAAGCAGACCGCCACGAUCGUCAGCAACGAGUCCGCUGACAUAAUCCGCAUGCUGGCGACCGAGUUCCGCGAAUUUGCCGCGCCCAAGUCGCCGGAAUUGGUCCCACACGAUUUAAUCCGUCGGAUCGACGAAGUGAACGGCUGGAUAUACGACGCCAUCAACAACGGCGCGUAUAAGGCGGGGUUCGCAAAGGGGCAGGUCGCGUAUGAUAAGGCGUUCGACGAGUAUUUCGAGGCGCUGGAUCGGGUGGAGUGUCUUCUCGACAAACACAGGUACUUGCUGGGCGAGACGCUGACGGAGGCUGACGUCCGGCUGUUCCCGACACUGUUCCGGCACGACCACGUGUACUUCGUCCGCUUCAAGGUGAACAAGGCCAUGCUCGCGGACAGCUACCCCAACACGCUGCGGUGGCUGCUCGACGUCUAUUCCCUUCCGGGAGUCAAAGAAGCCUCCAACUUUGAUCAUUGCAUCGGGGGCUAUUUCGGCCGGUGGGCGAUCCCAACCGUCCCCCUGCGGCCCAAGCUUAGCUACAGCUUGAGCUGACUUUUGAGAGUAAUAGUUGUUAGGAGUCAAACGAGCUUGACACCUGUGUCUGGUCUUAGUUGCUUCGACGUCGGAGUUGCGAGUUUAUAACAGGGCAGCAGCAGGACCACCUUUCUGUUAUACGAGGUUGCAGUUGUACAUAGUUGCACUGGCAAUGCCACGGACGUGACAAGGGUGUCCGCAGCUCACUCCAGAGAUAUCCGUGCACUUUGGGAUGUGAAAGUUGUGUCUAGGUGCAGUGAGUGUGGCAGUGCAAGUUGCAUGUACUCAUGGGCAAGCCUAGCAACGUUGCUAUAAAAUCC